AUGACCUCUUUACCCUGUCCCCUUCCUGGCCGCCUUGUUUUCCCGGACCUCGCCCCCGCUGCCUACCCGCUUGGCCUGUCCCCCGAAACCGCAGCUUCCCCCGAUUUGUCCUAUUCUCAGCCUUAUGGCCAUCUCCUGUCCUAUUCCUGCCUUGGGCCAGCAACUCCAGGGGACUCCUACCUGCCCAGCCAGCAACUCUCGGCACUGCCCCCUCAGCCCUUCCACCCGCCAGCAGAACACCCUCAGGAACUCGAAGCAGAAUCAGAGAAACCGGUGCUGUCCCUGCAGCCCUCCCAGCAGCCCCUGACUGGGAAGCUACACAAACCUAGAACAAUCUCCUCCAGCCUGCAAGUACAACACCAGAACCAGCGUUUCCAGCAUGUGUGCAUGCAGUACCUGGCCCUAACAUCAAAGCUUGUACUCACCCAAACCCAGGUAAAGAUCUGGCUUUAGAACAAACACUCCAAAUACAAGAAGCUACUGAAAAAGAACUCUGGAGAUCAGGAAGAAGACUUCUCUGGGAGACACCUCUCCUUGUCUCCGUGCUCUCUGAAUCCUCCAUCCAUCUGGGAUCUACCCACCGGUGGCUAUGACAAUGGCUUUGGAGCCUGGUAUCUACAUCAUUCCCCAGAUGUGCUGUUCCUGCCUCAGAUGAUGUGAGUCUGGAGAAGGGCUGGUCAGGCUCCAGCUCUCCUGUCAAGCCCAGGACCAGCACACCUGCCCCCCUUCUGGAAGGAGAGGAAACAAGCUCCAGAUGGAUUUUUCUCAAGACAAGAAGCAAAAGGAGGAAAAAGAAUGGAGUGGAAGUCUGGUUCUCCAAGCCAGAUAGCUAAAUCAAAGGCUUUAAUCUUUGCGCAGGUCCCCAGUGCUGCAGGACAUCCCCCUCCAGUAGGAGAAAGGAUUUAGAGAGAGCUUCACUGGCUAGAGGUGAGGCUG